CACCGCCGGUGCCCGGGCCUGCCCCGGCCCCGAGACGCCGGCCCCGGUGCCCCGCUCGGCCGCCGCUUUCCGCUUCCUGCGCGCGGCGCCCCUCGGGGCUCGUAGUCCCGCCGCGCUAUUCACGACGGUCCCUGCGCUGACUCCGCGCCGCACGCCCGCGGCCGGGACGGGGCGCUGCGCCACGGCGGCGGCGUAGGGCGGGCGCGGGGCUCGGGCGGGCGGGAGGAAGGGCCGGCGGGGCGGCCGGAGCGGGUGCGAGCUGCUCCGCCCGGGGGAACGCGCGGGGCCGGGGGGACAGAGCGGCAGCGCGGCGCCUCCACCCCCAGGCAGCGUGCCCCGCCAGACAUCGCUGCGUUCCCAUCCGGCCCCUCGGGAGAUCCUGCCCUGUUGCUAAUUGUCGAGAGCUGUCCAGAGUCCUCCUCCAUGCAGUCGUGCUGUGCUCCAUCCCGCUGUGCUCCCGAGGUGUGCCAUUCCCUGCUCUGAUGACAGCUUCCACGAGGAUGCUGAGCAGCAGCCACCAGCAGGGAGGGAGGCCAGUGGUGGGCACGGAACUAUAAAGUCACAGACAAAGGUUCUGAGAGCACGAGUGAAGAGUCUGAGCUGACCCAAAAGCUGUCUCCAGGGAGGACCAAGCUCCAGCUGGAUGUCAUGGGAAGCUCUGCGAGCUGGAGUUCAAGGGGAUGCUGAUUGAGGGACCAAAAAUGUGAGCUUGGGACAGCAGCUGCUUCUUCCUUGGUGUGCUCCCAGUGCUCGGUGCAGGGACCUUCUAGCAUGCUCCUCCAGCCAGGCCACUCAGCGGGUGCCAGCAGCGGCUGCUCAGGACCAGGGACACCAGGCUGACCCUACAGCGACUGGCACUGGACCUGCCAAGCAGGAAUUGUGUUGGUGCUUCUGGAGCAGCUGAUCCAGAGAUCUGCUCUUGGAAAGAACCGACCUUCCUUUGUCCAGCGUGCUGGGAUCUUUGCAGCAGCUCAUGCCGCAGCACCUCGCCCCUUCCACCUGAGCUGCCCAUGCCACUGGCUUGGACCUAACCUAGGCUCAAUCUCAGCGUGGCCUGGGCAGGGGGGAACCAUGGGGAGCUCUGCCUCAUCGCUGGCUGCAGAGACGGAGUCGGACCAUGGCUUCAGUAGCUCGCCCUACCCGGGGCACCCGGCCGUGGGCUGGUAUAGGAACAGUCCCGGUGGCCCCGUGUGGGAAAGUGCCCUUAUAACGCGGCAGCACCAGCACUUCCAGCACCGGCUGCGAAGCCACUCCCACUCUCCCGGCUCCAUGGCUGCCGUCCGCGAGUGGUCCUGCACGCGCUGCACCUUCCUGAACCCCGUGGGCCAGCGGCAGUGCUCCAUCUGCGAGGCCCCCCGCCAGAAGCCCGACCUCAACCACAUCCUGCGGCUCAGCGUGGAGGAACAGAAGUGGGCCUGUGCCCGCUGCACCUUCAGGAACUUUCUGGGCAAGGAAACCUGUGAGGUGUGUGGCUUCACCCCGGAGCCGGGACCCAGUGGCUCCCCCUUGCCUGUCAUCAACGGCAUCUUGCCCAAGCCUGCCGUGCUGGUGGAGCCCAAGGGCACGUCCAAGGAGGAGGCUGCCAAGGCAGAAAGCAGCAGCGAGGACUCAGAGGGGAAGAGCCCCGAUGAAUCAGAGCUGGAGAGCGGCUGGGCUUGCCAGCGCUGCACCCUGCACAACACGCCCGUGGCCAACUCCUGCUCCGCCUGUGGUGGCCCACGUAAGCUCUCCCUGCCCAAAAUCCCACCAGAGGCGCUGGUCGUCCCUGAAGUCAUCACCCCGGCCGGAUUCCACAUGGCCCCCUCCACCCCGCAGCCUUUAGUCUCCGCAGAGAUCUCUGAUGGUGAUGCCGUGGCCACCCAGGGCCCGGUGGCUAUGGAACAAGAGGUCCAGAAGAUACCAGCCUUCAGCCCCUUCUCCCCGGGGCUCCAGAACAACCCUGUGCCCCGAAGCCGGCGGGAGGUGCCCCCACAGCUGCAGAUGCUGGGCCCCGAAGGCUCCCAGCCCGCGGCCACGGGCGCCAUGGGGCAGAAGGGCUCUCCCCAAGGUCAGGCCAGGGCCGCCCCUGCCGCACGCUUCCCGGACCUGCUGUCCAACAAACGGCUGAGUGUGCUGGAGGAGGAGAUGGAGGUCAGUCCAUCCCACUGGAAGUGCAGCUCCUGCUCCCUGCUCAACUCUGCCGGGGCCAGCAAGUGCGAGGUUUGCAGCACCCAAAAAGGCAGCGACACCAUCAACCUGGUGGGGGACUCCGUGAGGUUCACCCCGUGCAGCCCCUCCAGCCCUGACUUCACCACCUGGUCCUGUUCCAAGUGCACCCUCAAGAACCCCACGCAGGCCCAGAAGUGCAAGGUGUGCGGCUCCUCCAAGCUGCACGGCUUCCAGGAGCACGGGCCGCCGGGCGAGCCGGCCCCGCGCUGCCCCGACUGCGGCGCCUGCGACAGGGCCGGCUGCUCCUGCGGCGCCAAGGCCCCGUCUGCGCGCAAGGUCGCCCGGCUCUUCCCGGCCCCGCUGCCCGGCGGGCAGGAGAGGCCAGGCCAGUGGGCCUGCCCUGCCUGCACCCUGCUCAACGAGGUGAAGGCCAAGCACUGCGGCGCCUGCCACACCCCCCAGCAAUACGUGGCCCAGCACAAGGGCCUCAAGCCCCUCAAGAGGAGGGAGAGCAUGCAUGUGGAGAAGAGGAGGCAAACAGAUGAGGGCGAGGCCAAGGCCCUGUGGGAAAACAUCGUGACCUUCUGCCGGGAGAACAAAGUCAAUUUUGUGGAUGACAGUUUCCCCCCCGGGCCCAAGUCCGUGGGGUUCCCAGAAGGUGACAGCGUGCAGCAGCGGGUGAAGCAGUGGCUGCGGCCCCACGAGAUCAACUGCAGCAUCUUCAAGGACCAGUCAGUGAAGUGGUCAGUGUUCCGCACCCCACGGCCCUCGGACAUCCUGCAGGGACUGCUGGGAAACUGCUGGUUCCUGAGCGCCCUGGCCGUGCUGGCCGAGCGGCCGGAGCUGGUGGAGAGGGUGAUGAUCACCAGGACACUGUGCCCCGAGGGCGCCUACCAGGUGCGGCUGUGCAAGGAUGGCACGUGGACCACGGUGCUGGUGGAUGACAUGCUGCCCUGCGACGAGUGCGGGUACCUGCUCUUCUCCCAGGCCCAGAGGAAGCAGCUGUGGGUGGCCCUCAUUGAGAAGGCGCUGGCCAAGCUGCACGGUUCAUACUUCGCCCUGCAGGCCGGGCGUGCCAUCGAAGGCCUGGCCACGCUCACGGGGGCCCCCUGCGAGAGCCUGAUGCUGCAGGUCAGCUCCACUAACCCUCGCGAGGAGCCCAUUGACACCGACCUCAUCUGGGCCAAAAUGCUGAGUUCUAAGGAGGCUGGGUUCCUCAUGGGCGCGUCCUGCGGCGGAGGCAACAUGAAGGUGGAUGAUGUGGCCUACGAGAGCAUGGGGCUCCGACCCCGGCACGCCUAUUCCAUCCUGGAUGUGCGGGAUGUCCAGGGCUUCAGGUUGCUGCGUCUCCGGAAUCCCUGGGGCCGCUUCUCCUGGAAUGGCAGCUGGUCAGACGAGUGGCCGCACUGGCCACUCCCUCUGCGCCACGACCUGAUGCCCCAUGGCAGCAGCGAGGGCGUCUUCUGGAUGGAGUACAGCGACUUCAUCAAGUAUUUUGACUCCGUGGAUAUCUGCAAACUCCAUUCGGACUGGCACGAGGUGCGUGUGCAGGGCAUGUUCCCCAACAAGGCCAACGGGCCAGUGACAGUGACAUCACUGACAGUGUUGGAACGUGCAGCUCUGGAGUUUGCCCUCUUCCAGGAGGGCAGCAGGAGGUCGGACACAGUGGACAGCCACUUGCUGGACUUGUGCAUCAUGGUUUUCCGGGCCACCUUCACCAGUGGGAACAAGCUGAGCCUGGGCCGGCUGAUGGCCCACAGCAAGCGAGCCGUCAAGAAGUUCGUCAACUGCGACGUGAUGCUGGAGCCGGGCGAAUACGCCGUCGUGUGCUGUGCCUUCAACCACUGGAGCGCUGCCCUGGCCGGCCCAGCUGCCCAGGCUUCCAGUCCCACCAGCAGCCGGCCAGCCGCUGAUUAUUCCAGCUACAUCCUGGCUAUCUACAGCUCCCGCCUGGUGAUGGUGGAGCAGGUGGAGGCACAGCCCACCACGCUGGCAGAUGCCAUCAUCCUGCUGACCGAGAACAAGGGCGAGCGCCACGAGGGCCGUGAGGGGAUGACCUGCUACUACCUGACCCACGGCUGGGCAGGGCUCAUCGUGGUGGUGGAGAACCGGCACCCCAAGUCCUACCUGCACGUGCAGUGCGACUGCACCGACAGCUUCAACGUGGUGUCCACGCGCGGCAGCCUCAAGACACAGGACAGCGUCCCCCCCCUGCACAGGCAGGUGUUGGUGAUCCUGUCCCAGCUGGAGGGUAACGCCGGCUUCUCCAUCACGCACCGCCUGGCGCACCGCAAAGCCACCCAGGCCUUCCUCAAUGACUGGAUGCUGACGAAGGGCACUCACAACCCGCUGCUCACGCCCGAGGUCGCUGGGCUGCAUGGCCCCCGGCCCCUAUGACGAAGAGCCUCCCCUUCCCCGCCCUGCUGCCCCGUUCCUGUCACCGAGCCUCUGGCCCGGAGUGCCCCCGAGCCACCAGCGCUGAGCUGUGGGGCAGAGCUGGAGUGGCAGCCCCAGCACUUUGCCCCACACCGCGGGGCAAAGUUCUCAGGGCCAGCACCAGCCCUGCCUGCUGCCCUGGCACUGCUGCCCCCGCGCACUUUACAAGGAGCGGCUGGGGGCACGGGGCCAUCUCAGGAUCCCACCUGCCCUGGUCCUGUGCUGGGCCCGGUGCCCUCUGCCCGCCCCGGGGACUGUGGGAGAGGGAGGGGCUGGAGGUUGCUGUCAAGACUCUUCCCAGGCACCACGCUCAGGACUCUGCCCCUUCCCGUGGCGCCAGGGCACUGGCGCUGCAAAAAGCAGAAUAUACCUCUGAUGUCUGUCCGUCUGUGUGAACCUCCGUCUGUCCCCAGGCCCUUCCUGCUGUCUUGUUGCCCCCUUUGUCUGCUGCCAGGACCAGCGUGGUGCUGAGGUUGGGCUGGGGGGUGCCAGGGUCACACUGCCAUGGUGCCACCCAUGCCAGGGACCCCCCACCCAUCCUGGGUGCUGGGGCUGGCAGGGAGAGGGCACAGGGGUGUUGCAGAAAUCUGCUGCUGAGGGGGUUUUGCUGUAAUUGGGGUGAAACUCACCACUUCCUGCUCGGCUCCGGGUGGGGAGCGGGGCCUUGGGGUGCUGCUGGCGGGGGGCUGCGGCCCGGGGCCGCUCUCCCUGUCACACAAGUGUUACUAUGCAAAGGCGGCCGGUGGGAGCAGUGCCUGGAGAGAAGCCAUGGCCCGAGCUGGGCUCAGCCCCCUGGCACUGCCCUGUGGGCCCCCCCUGUGCCCCAUGGAGGGAGGGUGAGCAGCAGGUACAGACCCGGGGUCAGGGAGCAGUUCCCUGGAGUUACCACGAGUCCAUGUGCUGGGGAGCGGGUGGUUUUGGGGGUGAAGCAGAGAGCCCCCUCCUCCAGAGCCCGAGUGCUGUGGGAGGCAGUGAGCACAAAGCAAAGGCUGCACCUCAGGGUGCUGCUGGACUGGUGGGUGCUCCGAGGUGGGGUCUGAUCCUGGGGGGAGCUGCACCCCACUUUUUCAGGGCAUUGUGGCUCUCUGACUUGACGUGUGUGUGUGUGUGUGUGUGUGUGUGUGUGUGUGUGUUUUGGGGGUUCCCCUGUGUACCAUCUCCUUCCUGAGCUGUGUGGACUUACAGCUGAGGGGGGCGAUGGGCAAUGCUGGACCCUGUUCUGACAGGGACCGUGCUGGGGGGUCCUGCACCCCAAAUCCUGCACCCCAAACCCUGCACCAGCAGCUGGGCUGGGCAGGGGGUGCAGGGCUCUGCCCCUCUUUGUCCCCUAGGGAUUGGGGGUGGCAGGGGGGGUGGGUUGCCCUGGCACCCUCCCAGCCCCCCCAGCUGGGGCUGCUGAGCCAAGCUCUGUCCGUACUUCUGUUUGUUGAUCUGUUUUCUCUCUUUCCAGCUCCUUCCUCCUUGGGAUGAUUUGUCCUUCACUUUUUUUUCUCCUCUCUCUUUCUGUCUUUCUGAGCUGUGAAUAUUUUUAACCCUGUAAAUACUGUCCAGCUCUUCAGAAUCAUAGGAUAUUUUAUCAAUUGUAAAUCAGAUCAGUAAUCCCUGUAUGAUAUGAAUUAUCCAUGGGCGGUUUUCAAACUCAGGUUCUGACGGACCAAAUAAAGUUUUGUUUUUUACUGAA